UCUGUUCUCUGCACAGUUGUCCCUUGACAAUAGUGUGUAUCAUCAGGUCGUCCUUUCGGAGACGAAAGAAAGCUUCUUUAGGAUCAAUAAGAUCGCACAUGGUCUGGUAUCGGGGCUAUGAAGGGCCCCCACAGCGGACACAACUUGGCCGAGUAACACACACAGAUCGCGUAGCAGAAAAGACGGCCCCUUACAGUUCUCCGAAGCUUGGUUACAUGGACAGAGCGUUGAGCCCUCACUCAUAUACCAACAUAGCGAGUAGUAUUGAAACUGUAGCGUGCGUGCUUGUUGAAGGAUAGGAACUGAUACAUGGAGUAUACAAGUGAUCUGUGCCAUGUAGAGUGUGUGAGCGAUGUCAUUCAAAAGGAACAUCGUUAAGUAUUUUCAUCUUUUCUGUUUAUGUUAUGGAACAUUUUUAAUUCGUUAGAAAACGUAGUUACUGUAAAACCGUUUGUUCGUAUCUUCAACAAUGUUUAUGUGAUGGAGAUGUCUUAAAGCACACCUUGGAGUAUUUCAAAGAGCGUCGUAUUGUGCUUGAUCUUCAUUUCCACGUCAGUAACCUGCAUGUUAGGAAGCUGCCUAUCUGGGCUUUCAUUCGAGCACCUCAGAUGUUACAUUGGGGAGAUGUCUAGGAAAGCAUUGCUCGAACCGUGUUGACAUUUCAUAUAUCGACUUUACAUUUUUGCCACUGAUGAUGUGCAUGUACACCAAUUUGUAACAGUUGGGCCGGUGAUUGUACAAUCUUGUAUGCGGAUCCUUGAAAUUGAAUAGACGAGAAUAGAGGAAGCUACGCCCCUUGAAGGACUGUUAAAUCGCAUGUCACCAUGGCAGUCACUCGCGACAUUGUUCGAUGAAACAUAUGGCGCCUGAACACAGUUGGAUUUAAUGAAAAUUUAAAAAAAUCUCCUUUCCCGCCAUAUGAUUUGUCCGGAGUAGUACAGGCGACAUAUUUAUCGUCAUAGUUGUUUAAUAAAUCGUUUGGAAUUUUACUUCUCGUUGAAUAUAAUAUUUUUUAUAUUUAUAAUAUUUAUAUUUAUAUAUUUCUUCAAAAUUUGUAUAUAUAUCCCGAUAAUACUAAUGUAAUCAGAACUGUGUAAAUAAAUAAUAUUUGCGUGGGGUGUAUAUAUCAGUAUUUAUUAUCCUAUGAUAAUGUUAGCGUGAGUAAACUUACUCAUUCGUGCUGAAAUUAUACGUGUAACCUAGAUCCUUCAUUGAAUGAACAACAGAUGUGAAAUCUACAUAUGUACAUUUCGAGUACAAUCUAUCUAUGAACCGAGGCUAAUCAAACCGCCACAGCUAGUUAUUUAAUCAGAUGUCAGCCAGGUGCGACAUCAGCAUUUGUUGCCGUCACCUUACUCUUGUUUCACUCAGUGUGACUUCACGGUGACAUAUCGACCCAACUUCCCCAACACGCCACCUCCUAGCCAGCCCUGAUUCAACCUGUAGAGUGGACAUAUUCUUUAUCAAUGCACAAUACACGUACAGCGAGCAUGACUUGAGUUGAGCGCUGUGUAACCAAGAGCUUCCUGUUUUGAAGGAACCACGUGACGCUUCUUCCUACAUAGGCACUAACGGGAGGAACAUGACGCCACAAGUUAUUUGAUGAAAGGAUGAUUAGCCUAAUGCUAGACUAAUCUGAUGACUGGUAAAUUAGAAGAACAUAUUGAUGCGCUGAAGAAGUGACAAGCUUCCACCUUCGGCUGGGUUCUUUCGACUUCAAUCAUGGGGUGUCUUCUGUAUUUCUUGGUUUGGUUGCCUGUUUAUUUGUGUAUGGAAGUGAAAAUUGCAGUGAUUUUGCCUUUCGACGACGAACGUAUGUUCUCGGUGAGACGAAUAGCACCGGCUAUUAACCUUGCUAUUACCGAAAUCAACGAUGAUAAGACUUUGAUGAAGAAUCACAAAUUCUCCGUCAAAUACAACGACUCGAAAUGUGACAUUGCCGAAGGAAUCAACAAAGCUAUCAAUUUCUACAUCAAGAAACAAGCCCACGUGUUCCUUGGACCCGUGUGUGAUUUUGCAGUUGCCCCCGUUGGACGACAGGUGUCUUUCUGGAACAUACCCGUCAUUUCGGGAGGGGCCAUGGCUCGGGAUUUUAGUGUAUACAGAUCAACCCAGUACCAGCUUCUUACUAGAGUAGGGCCUGUUAAUUCUAGGUCUCUAUCGACAUUCUUCGCCAAGAUGAUGUUGCAUUACAAGUGGUUGAAGAUCAAACUUCUGUAUUCAAAGGAGGGACAGGAUUAUCUCAUUAAAGGGCUGUGUCACUUGGCAAUAGAGGCAUUGCAUUACGAUCUGGACGCACUGGACCCUAAAAUAACUCAGGAUUAUUUCCGUCUUGACAGUAAAACCAACAUGGAGAAAUUGUUGAAGGAGGAGAUCGGCCUUGAUUACUCAGUCGUGGUCCUCUGUGCCUCCCCGCAAGCUGUACGGGAAAUCAUGAUCAAAGCUCAUGAGCUCAACUUCGACAAUGGAGAAUACGUCUUUUUCAACAUAGAUCUAUUCAGCAGUAAAAACGACAGUGAACGCCCAUGGUAUAACGAGGAUGAUGAUGCAGAAAGGAACAAUAAAGCCAGAAUAGCGUACGAAGCCUUAAUGACGGUGACGCUUCGUAAACCAACCAGCCCCGAGUACAAGAUAUUCUCUACUGAAGUGAAAAGGAGAGCCAAGGAAAUGUAUGAAAAUUUCACCUAUGGAGAGGAGGAGGUCAACAGCUUUGUGGGGGCAUUCCACGACGCUGUCAUCCUGUAUGCUCUGGCACUGAAUGAAACCCUGGCGGCGAACAUUUCUAUAACUAAUGGUACGGAAAUCACCAAACGAAUGUGGAAUCGAACAUUUGAAGGUAUAACCGGUACCGUCAGUAUAGAUCAGAAUGGCGACCGAAACGCUGAUUAUUCCCUGCUCGAUCUGAACCCUGAGACUGACACGUUUGAGGUUGUGGCAAAUUACUAUGGCAACAAAAAGCAGUACGAGCCUGUUGAGCACAAGACCAUUCACUGGGCAGGGGGUAGAAACAGUCCCCCUCCGGACACCCCUGAUUGCGGCUUUGAUGGUUCAAAAUGUCCCCCAGAUGAACCUUUUCCGGAAUAUGGCAUCGUGAUUAUCGUCUUGGGCUCUAUAAUUCUCAUCGUGCUGGUCGCGGCGUUUUUCAUCUACAGACAUAUAAAACUAGAAGCGGAACUGGCUGAAAUGAACUGGAGAGUGCGGUGGGACGAUAUCAUUUUUGGAUCGCCGGAAAAGAAUCGGAAAUUGGAACGUCACGGAAGCCGAAUGAGCUUGAACAGGAGAAUGUCUUACAAUAGUUCCUGUUCGGGUGACACAAUCGCUGCACAUCUGAGUGAUGCUGGCAAUCGUCAACUCUUCACAAAAACGGGAUAUUAUAAGGGUGCCAUCGUCGCUGUCAAACGGAUACCCAAGUCUAGCAUAACAAUUACUAAAACACUCUUACUGGAGGUGAAGCGGAUUAAAGAUUUACAAAAUGACCACACCGUCCGUUUCAUUGGCGCCUGCAUUGACCCACCGAACAAGUGCAUAUUGACGGAAUACUGCCCCAAAGGGAGCCUUCAGGAUGUUCUAGAAAAUGAACAAAUCAAAUUGGACUGGAUGUUUCGAUAUUCCAUCAUGCAAGACAUCGUCAGGGGCAUGGCGUAUCUACAUAGCAGUGAAAUCCAUUCCCAUGGCAACAUGAAAAGCACAAAUUGUGUUGUGGACAGUCGUUUUGUGGUUAAAAUCACCGAUUUUGGUGUCCACUCUUUCCGGGGCUCACAGGAAGAUGUAGAAGGGGGCACAUAUGCUUAUUACAGAAGCAAGUUAUGGACAUCUCCGGAGCUGCUGCGACUACAUCAUCGGCCCCCAGAAGGCAACAUCAAGGGGGACGUCUACAGCUUCGGCAUCAUAUGUCAGGAAAUCGUGUACAGAAGUGGCGUCUUCCACGUCGCCAAUGCCGACUUCAGCCCGGAAGAUAUAUAUGAAAAGUUGAAGAACGGUGUGCGGCCAUACUUCCGGCCCACCAUCGAGGAAUAUGACUGUCCUUGUGACGAACUUGCUGACGUCAUCAAACGGUGCUGGGCAGAAGACCCGGCCGAGCGUCCGGACUUUACCGCUCUCAAGUCCAUCAUUAGGAAACUUAACAAGGACGGUGACAAAGGCAACAUCCUCGACAACUUGUUGUCCCGUAUGGAACAGUACGCCAACAACUUGGAAGCUCUCGUCUCGGAGCGCACAGCGGAUUAUCUGGAGGAGAAGAAAAGAGCGGAAGAUCUUCUCUACUCCAUGUUGCCAAAGGAAGUUGCUACACAACUUAUACGUGGCAGGUCUGUCGCGGCUGAGAACUUCGAAUCUGUCACGAUCUACUUUUCCGACAUAUGCGGCUUCACUGCACUGUCUGCAGACAGCACUCCCAUGCAGGUGAUCGAUCUGUUGAAUGAUCUCUACACGACCUUCGAUUCCAUCAUUGAGAACUUUGAUGUCUACAAGGUGGAGACAAUCGGAGAUGCGUACAUGGUGGUGUCUGGACUUCCGGUUCGGAACGGAAACUUCCACGCUAGAGAGAUUGCCCGGAUGUCGCUGGCUCUCCUCAACGCUGUGAUGUGCUUCAAGAUCCGCCACAGACCGAAUGACCAGCUGAAACUCAGGAUUGGAAUACAUUCAGGUUCCGUGUGUGCGGGUGUGGUCGGUCUGAAGAUGCCCCGGUACUGUCUAUUCGGGGAUACUGUCAACACCUCUUCUAGGAUGGAGUCGAAUGGACUUCCUCUGAGAAUACACGUUAGUGAUUACACAAAACAAGUGCUUGAUGAGUUCAAGACCUUUGAAUUAGAAUGUCGAGGUGCAGUCGAGAUGAAGGGCAAAGGUAAAAUGACGACAUAUUGGCUACAAGGAGAACGUGAGUCGGCUGACAACACCAGUCCUCUGAGAGCCAUUGCAUCAUGACGUCAUUCGUGACAUCAUCAAUACGUCAUAUCAGCUGACAAGCAAUCUACGAGUGUUCGUGCUGCAAGUUGUGCAUAUGUAUAUCUGUAAUAGAUAAAUGUAAAUUGAAAUGAAAUGGUUCAGUGCCGUAGUGCUGAUUGUGGACACAAAUUUGCCACAGUGUGUUUGGUGGAGUUUGUACUGUGAGAGUUACAUCCUACUGCGAAACUUUCACAUAUUUCAACUUUGAUGAUUGUAUUUCAUGUUCGCAAGAGAAGAUAAUUUUUUAAGUAGUUGGCGCUCUGUCUCUGAAGUGUGACUGGUUUCAUCGAAGUGCUGCGACGACGUUUCACCAUUCCAUUACUUCUCCUGUUCACCGAAUGAUUGACAGUGUGUGCCUAGUGAAAGAGACCGAAGGAAGAACUGUAUCCAUGUUGACUAUUUUGGUGGUGCCUACACGCUUUGAAAUAGACGUUUAAAUUGUGGAUCCAAUCAGGUGUAACCAUUUGAUGAUAUGAUGCUUCCACAGAUCUUUGCCAUAUCAGCGAUGACGUCAUUUGCUCCAAUCCACACAGUCUGUCAAGUGUCUUUCAGCUUCAUGUGCAUAUAUUAGUGCAUAGACCACGUGUACAUUUCAGAAUAGCGUCACUCCUGUCUCAGACAACCGAGACAUGAACAUGUAUGUACAUAGAUAUUUUCAUGUUUAUUUCAAAUCUGGAUCUAUUACUGCUAUUUAUUGUUAAUAACACCACACACGUCUCAUAUCUAAACAUAUCAUUUUACAAAGAUGGUAUUUAAAAUCCAUGCUUUGACGUCUCCCUUAGUGAUUGAUAUUUACAACUGUUCGUGUCUAUUUCACUAUCACUAUGUUAUGUACAACUGACUAACGGGUCAUUUACCAUGUAGAUUUCACGGUACUUAUACGCGUGCCUAUAACGUUUGCUUGAAAUCGCUGUGAUCGAUAUUAUAUACAAAUCGAUGUCUUGCCGUUGUGUUAGUUAAAAUGUAUAUAUAUCAAUGUAUAUUGAUCCCAUUUCGAACAAAUUUCUUUCAAAACCACAUUUUGAAUUAUUAUUUUAUAAUAAUUAAACCACAUGGCGAGUAUUUUUUUCCAAUCAGGGAGUAUUAGUUCAUACUCCCGUGUUAAAUGAUGAGGAAUAUCAACUCGAACCGAUGUUUUGGUUGACGGCUCAAAUGCAUAUGUGAUAGCCUAAAUGCUACUGCUUAUUAUGAUGUGUCAUGACGUCUCAAAGUCUUGUUUAAUUAUAUGAUAGUUCAUGUUUAAUUCUUGAAUGUACUCGUAUAUAUUUAGCGUGCAUAUUCCAAUAAAAUGUUUCGUCAUAUUCUUUUGUUUAUGAAUCUUCUUCACAUGUAUACUUUAGAAAAUGACAAUAAAUAUGUACACGUAUAUUUCACAAAACAUCACGAUUGAUAUGUGUUAUAUGUUUAAAUGAUAUUUGGAAAAUAUUGAAUAUUGAAGCUGUACAUAAUUAUGCAACCGUAUUUAUUUUGCUUCAUGCACAAUGAUUAUUUAUUUUUAAAAACAUUGUAUAUAACUUGAUGUGAUUUCCUAUCAGGUAGAUAAUGCUUUAUAAUGAAACUGCUUGCUCUAACAGUAAAAUCCAUUUCUAGGUUGUCGCUUAUGUCCUCUGUGUGUCACUUGUCAAUCAAGCAUAAGAACGGUGUGGAUUUCAUGUAGAUAUCGCUCGUGCUGUAUUGAGGCCCCCGAAGCAGCUAAAAUCACUGUUUGCCAUCGUGUUUUAAUUAUAUCUACAAAGUAGGUAUGCUUGCUCCUCCAAUGUAUUAUAUUUCAAUUCAGUUAGUAUUCAUACCUUGGACUCAUUCGCAACCAUAGCUCCGUUUCAAGCCCGGUUCAAAUGACAUUAUGCCAAAAUAGCCGCUUUGAGUUCGAAUGGGUCUAUGGUAUAUAAUAUUUAAGAAUGGGAAUAUAAUACCCUGGAAGAUCGAGGAUGCAAAGUAGGCGCAACCGUGGGGAUUUCAUUCUGUUAAAAUGACAGGGUUAUCAAAUUCUGAACCAGAUGCCGUAUUGCCCCAAUUAAACUCGGACAUUGCGAACUUACGUGAUGUUAAAGUUCGGUAGCCAUAUCCAAACUUCAUUAUGUACAUGAUUAAAAUAUUAAAACCUACUAUGAGGGGAGUAAAAUUGAGUUUAGUUCAUUAAAAAUAUUUUUAAUCAUUUUACACCGCGUUUUAUCAUUUAACCUAAUUCCUUUUUUUCUCAUUUUUAACUUCACCUAAAAAUCGCGACAUAAUCAUUAUAAGAAUAGAUUUUUUACUUUCACAGUUUUUGGAAAGACUUGAUCUGUUUGAGAGUAUAAAUGUUAAAUGCUGCAUUAAGCAAAGUAUAGAUAUAUGGAUAAUGUACUCUAAGUCUAAUUACACAAUAACAGUACACAUGAAAGGCUACCAUUUAUAGGAAUUGCUUGCUGUCACAAUAUUAUCAAAAUUUAGUCCAUGUGUCGUUAAGCUUACGGGUGUCCAUAUUUUAACUGCUGGACAAACGAGAAAAAAAACACAAAUCGCACAAAUCUGUAUUUGUUAGGCUGUUUCGAACUUUAUCAAGCAUAAAUUGUGAGUUGUGGUGAUAUCAAAACUUUUACAAUGUUAUCCACGUGCCAUCGGCUUCAAACCAGCGUUUUAGUCAGGUAGAUAGUUUGUGUUUGAUAUUCUUUCUAGAAUUUCGUUUGCCCGAAAAAGACGAUUGGCAUAAACAUCAAGACAAAUAUUGUCCCACAGAAGUGUCCAAACG